CGCCAGGCAGUGCGUGAUCUACGCGUGUGGACAGACCAUGGCGUUGUAUAGCUCUUGAGGUUAGCAUCUGAAAAACACCUCUGGACAGACGCGUCUGCGCACCGUAAACUGCCGACAGCGACGGCGGGGUGAGAAAUAAGGAUGGGGUCCCGAAUCAAGGAGAGCCCCGAGUCCACUUUUGAGGUGUAUCUGGAGGUAGCCCAUCCAGGCACACACAGCUCUGGGCUGGAGGUGCAAAGGCAGUAUCCUGAAGACUACACAGACCAGGAAACUCUUCAGACUGUACCCAAGUUCUGCUUCCCCUUCAGUAUGGACAGCCUGACAGUCAACCAGGUCGGCCAGAAUUUCACAUUUGUGUUAACUGACAUUGAAAGCAAACAGAGAUUUGGCUUCUGUCGCCUCUCCUCGGGUGCCCACACCUGCUACUGCAUUCUCAGCUACCUGCCCUGGUUUGAAGUCUUCUACAAGCUGCUUAAUAUACUCGCAGAUUACACCAUCAAAGGCCAGGAAAGCCAAUGGAAAGAGCUCCUGGUGUCACUACACACACUCCCUAUCCCUGAGCCUGGAGACCCUGUUCAUCUCGGUGUGCAUUCCUUCUUCACUGUGCCUGACACACAUGAACUCCCCAGCAUACCUGAGAAUAGAAACCUAACAGAGUACUUUGUAGCAGUAGAUGUCAAUAACAUGCUUCAUCUGUACGCUAGUAUGCUUUAUGAACGUCGAAUCCUCAUCUGCUGUAGCAAACUAAGCACUUUAACAGCUUGUGUCCAUGGGUCUGCAGCCAUGUUAUAUCCAAUGCACUGGCAACAUGUUUACAUUCCUGUCCUGCCUCAACAUCUAUUAGAUUACUGCUGUGCCCCAAUGCCCUACCUCAUCGGAGUGCAUUCCAGCCUGAUGGAGAAAGUUCGAGGGAUGGCUCUGGAUGAUGUGGUGGUCUUGAAUGUGGACACAAACACUGUGGAAACCCCCUAUGAUGACCUGCAAAGCCUGCCCAAUGAUGUGGUUUCAUCUUUAAAAAGUCGUUUAAAGAAGGUUUCAACAACAACUGGGGACGGUGUGGCUCGAGCCUUCCUCAAGAGUCAGGCAGCACUUUUCGGCAGCUACAGAAAUGCUCUGCAGAUUGAGUCGGGAGAGCCAAUAACAUUUAAUGAGGAAACCUUUGUGAACCACCGUUCCAGUGCCAUGAGACAGUUCCUCCAGAAUGCCAUCCAGCUGCAGCUCUUCAAACAGUUCAUUGACGGCCGUUUGGACCUGUUGAACUCAGGAGAAGGUUUCAGUGACAUCUUUGAGGAGGAGAUCAACAUGGGCGAAUAUGCAGGCAGUGACAAGACCUACCACCAGUGGCUGUUCACUGUGAAGAAAGGGGGCGGGGCUAUCCUCAAUACAGUGAAAACCAAGGCAAACCCAGCCAUGAAGACCGUUUACAAGUUUGCUAAGGACCACGCAAAAAUGCGUAUCAAGGAAGUCAAGAGCCGGCUUAAGCAGAAGGAACAGGCAGAAAACGGCUUCUCCACAGCCGGGUCAGCGGUCAUCGAUGACGACAACAUAACAGGGUUUACCUCUUCCACCAGUGCAGUCAGGAGGGAGGGGCCCCUGCGAACCUUGGACGACCACAGGCCCAUCACUGUGCACUUUGGACAGGCUCGGCCACCAAUGCUGUUGAAGAGGCCAAGCAGCAAUGUGAGUCUGGAAAGCAGCGUGGACCACUCUAUCCGUCCUACUCGUCACUACACAGUCUUUCUCUCUGAGGAUUCAUCCGGAGACGAGCUCCAGUACGACGAUGACUCCAUCUCUGGGUUUCCUGACAGCUUUCUCUCCUCCGUUCCUUUUGAGUGGUCGCCUCUGCCACAGCCGUACCGCUCCCUGAAGGAGGUUGAGUUGAUAGAAGGGGACGAUCCUGGUUUUGGGGCAGAAAGUCACACUGCCCCUCCCAGCCCAGUUAAUGAGAAGUUCUCCAAUGUCAACCUGCUGGGCGAUAUCUUCGGCUGCCAGGACGAACCUGACAGCCAACCAGUUACCUUGGCAAAAAGUCUUGAGGACCUGAGGACUCCAAAAGACUCUGAAGAGCUACAAGCCAAGUUCACCUACCAGCGGAUGGACUUGAGUGUCGGUGAACAUUCGCGAACACUUCCAGGCCUCAAACUCUCCAACCCUUACAACAAGCUGUGGAGUAUAGGGCAGGAUGAAACAGCCUUGCCCAUUUGUGUGCCUCCUACCUGCGAUAGACCUGCGCCUGUCCAACUUCCUGUGCAGACUGAUGCCCACUCUCCAAACCAUGAAAGCUACGGCCUGGGCCCCGACCCUUUGGACCCUUCCAUCCCCGGCAACAUCACCAUUCCACGUCCCCAUGGAAGGAAGACGCCUGAGCUUGGUAGUGUCCUAGCACCCCCCAUGGCCCAGUCGCGCUCUAAACCAGCAGGAGCUGGUGAAGGAGGGACUACAUUAGGGGGACAAGAGUUUAGGCAAGCCCUGAGCAUGACCACAGAUGGAGACCUGCUAAAGCCCACCAAGGCCGCCAAGGACAGUAUAGAUCUGAUAAGCCUGCUAGACCCUCUUAAAAGCUCAGCAGCGACCAGUUCCACUUCACUGAGUGAUGGGGUAGAUAUUGGUGUGUCGUCAUCUUCCUGUAAACCAACACUACCACCAAGGUCUUACCCACAGGGCUUGCCUCCUUUCCCACUGCAUACUCACAUAUCACUCAACCCUUUUGCCCAGUCUCUGCAGCACACCUCCCCUCAAAUGCAUUACUCACCAACUGUAAGUGGGAAUCCCUUCAGUGCGGUCUACGGGCCUCCACCAGGCUCUUACUUACACACACCACCCCAGCCACAGUCCUUUUCUACACUACCGGGGCUCUACAGACAGCAUUCGCCAGGCAGUUCAACUCUGCCACCCAGCUAUGGACUGCUCCAGUCCGCCUUCCCCUCCUCAGUCACCUCCCCGCCUCAGUCCUCUGCCAGCAAUCACCCUCUUUCCAGCCUGGCAGACUCCACGUCAGUCCCCAGUACAGCCAUGAACAUACUGGCAAAGCCCCUUCGUGCUGAGGGAGGCAGCCAGAAGACUCACGAUCCUUUUGGGGAUCUACUGACUAUGGCCAAGCCAGCUACACCCCAAAAGAAGAAGGUGGAGGACCUUCGGAAGAGGUGGGAAACAUUUGACUAAAAUCUGUGAAUAUGUACUGAGAUGCCCCUCUCUGUCACUACCCAAACUUCCCUCACUUCUGUAUCAGGACCCUCUGUUGCAGUAAAUACUACGUUAGGUCUAAUACACAUAAUCAUAGAAGAAUAGCUUUAGCUGAGAUUAAUGACAUGCUGAGGAAUGCAACUUGAGAGUUCUGUAAGAUUCUUCCUAAUCGUCUAUUCCAAAGUGAUGAAUGACCGAAAAAAAUGAAGAAAAGAGUGGAUGACAAUAUCUGUUGGCUCUGCCAGUUUUUUAGCCUUAUGUUAUGUCACAAUUUAUGUACUUGAAUCAUUUAGCAAAUUCUGAAUACAAAUUUCAAAGUAGAGAUUUCCAGAGACAGUAAAUGCAACAUUUAUAGAUAUUGUUAGCUAACUAGAACUAAAAUUAGUUAGGAAACAUUAUUACAUUAUAACAUUAUUUCCCCUGCAAGCUAACAUUAAAGGUACUUUUAAGACGGCAAGCAGUUGCUGCUGCCACCUUCAUUGUUUCGAGUGUAAAGUCAACAACUGAAGUAGGCAGCAGCGGUAAGGAGAAGAGAGGGUGUAUGUGGCUCUCAUGAACGUGUACGGUUAUUUGCCACUGCUGUCUGAGUUGAUGAUGGCUUAACUUGCUUGCUACUCUGCUUGCUACCGCAGCUCACCGUGUGACCAUGGCAACCACAGAAACCACACAGAGGAAAACAAUUCAGGAGCUCAUUUUACUACAUUCUGAGUUCCCUGAAUCAUACACCUCUUCACCAGCAGUGAACAAUCAUAGUUAGAACAAAUAGUUAGUUAGACUUGCCAUGUUAAUUGUAUCAUAUUGCUAACCAUUUCAUUAUAAGCUGCUCUUUUUCACUAUUUGAUGAGAUUAGAGUAAGUUGAUAGCAGCAACCUGUAGCAUAUGGUACAGGUUGUUAGUGCGUUAGGAUGUAUCCAGUAGUUGGUUAGGUGCUCCCUGCUGCUGCCUAUUUGAAAUACAAAAUACAACUCAUGUCGCCGGUUGGCUGACGCGGUAGUAACUGCUUGCUGUCUGAAAACACCUCAACUCACAAGCUAACACCCAGUAUUAAAGAUAUAAUCCUUAAGAUUUUCAUUACAUCAUAACCCCAUUUUAGAUUCUGUUGAUGGUUAGAAAUUUCAGAGCUACAGCCAUUGAAUGUCUUUGCAUCCUGUAAUUACCUCUCUAUAUCAUAGAUUUCAUUGUUAUUGGGAGAGUCUGCCUGUCCUGUGCGGGAUUCAAAUCGUGAACCCAUGCAAAAUGGAUUCACAGUAAACUAUGCAUGCACGUACUGGACAUGAAGCAAAAGACAACACUAGAUCAUUAGUACAGUUUUACCAUGUUAGACGUCAUUGUUGACUGUCUUCUUUAUUACAACGAUGUGACAUAAAUCCUCACAGCCCACAGUUUGUUGCGCUGUAAACAGAUACACAAGUUGUUCAUCCUCUAUUAUAUUUCUGACAAGGUAGCUUCUCAAGGUGUAUUUGCUGCUCCCAGUGGUUGAUACAGGUGUCCUUUCCCUUGUCAUUACCACCAGUAACCCCAAAUCAACCAGGACUGAAAGAUCAUAAGUUAAAAUAAAUAGCUUUUAUUACCAAAACGCAGUUUGUAAGUGGUACUUUCAUGUAUGAUGAAAACGUUUUUUUUAUUGUCAGUUUUACUGGUUGACUGUAAUGACAUGAUUUUCUUCUACUGCUGUGUAUUGUGGAUAUGGAGUACAGUUGUGCAAAUUCAUCAGAGAUGACGUAUCAUUUACUGACACAGAAGGUCCUGAUCCAGUUGGUAGGAAUGGUCAUGUGGUGACACCCUAGUACACACACAUGCACAAACCUCCCCUCCCACUACCAUCAGCUCUGCUUCUGACCAGUGACAAACAGGAACGUGUGUGUGGUGAACAAAUGGAGAAUGUGGACUGUGUCAGCCCACAACACUUAAACUCACCUGUACCUGUUUAAGGUUCUCUUGAAUUUGGAUAUUUUGUGUUGUUUCAUUCACCUGCCAUUCUACCCAGGAAAUUCCACACAAAGCAGGCUUUGCUUCAGAUGUUCAGAUGCCAACAAUUCUCAGCCGUCGCCACUCACUAACAAAUUGCUAACACAAUUCUUUGCAAAGCAGCUUCUCGUGUGUUUCAUCUGUCUUUAUUGCCACCACAUUAGCGUAGUGCUCAGUAUAGAUCAGUAUAGACUUGACUUUAAAAAUAGUAUUUCCUGAAAGAGGAUAUCUAUCACACUCACAACAGCAAAUGUCUUAAUGAUGUCAACUUCUACGAUUAGCUUGUAUUAUUAAUAGUAGCUAGUCUGCUAUAAUUGAUAAACAUCCUAAUGGCAUUAUGGUACUGUAGCUACAAAAUGUGGUGCAUCUCACUCACGCAGUUCGUUCACCUAUGGAUGUUUUUGGUAGCUUCAUGCACAGUGUUUUUCUUUUUUCUUUCUGCCAUUCAUGGUGAAUCCCAUCUCUGGCUUGUCUCACUGACCUGUCAAAAUGUGUUGCCUCCUACUGUUAAGAAACUUUUUAAGAAACCCUGCAAGCCUACAACAGACUGCAAUGUCCCUAAAAUAAGUUUAAACAUUUCUGUCUAAUUAAAUAUGUGGGGACUUUGAAACACUUUAUUUUAUACUAUGUUGUUUAAUGGGUCUUUUCACCAAUUCUGCUGCUGAUGUAUGCACUGUUGGUUUUUGCCUUAGUCAAGUAUUACUUUGUAUUUGAUGACAGUGAUUGGCUAAUGAGUCACAGGCUGCUUACACAUUGUGAUGUCAAAUGUGCAUAGAGAGCAGAAAUAAUGGUUCACAGUUUUGCCACCAGUUUCUCUUUCAGCUGUUCUGACUUCUCAGAAAUUGUGUGGGUGUCACGCCUUGUCAGCCUUUACUCCUUUUGAGGCGAUACUGGGGCGUUCAUGUGUGGUGAAUGCCAAAAAGUCCUAAUCGAUUCAAAGUGCUGUACAGAUUUAGUUGCUGUUAUGUGUGUUUGAUUGUUUGUUUAUUUGUGUGUGUGUGUGUGUGUGUGUGUGUGUGUGUGUGUGUGUGUGUGUGUGUAUACAGAUUACACUAUUUUUUUUUUAAGACUGAGAGAAGAGUUGUGAUUAGUGUCCUACUGCACUUGCUUAAAAUACAGCUAUUUCAUCAUAACAUGUCAGCUUCACUUGCUUAAAAUUGACUGUAUUGUGUUGAGCUACGCAGGACUUAUUCAUUACCUUAUUACUUUUUCUCCCCAAUUAUGACUGUAUAUCUGUCAAUUGGUCCAGAUGCAGAUAUCUUGUCCGCUGCUUCAUAUUUACAUGCCAUUUCAAAUGAAAAUUCAUGGUUCCCAUGGAAUGAUUCCUGAUUCUUUUAACUUGUGAAACCCUGUCCAUUCCUUUAGCGCCACCAUCAGAUAUUUCCACUUGCUCAACUUUUGUCCAUGACAUUAUACAUCAAGGGACAUGAAUUUGUGGGUUUCAGAGGAUGAAACUUAUGUCUUUGGUGACUGACCUUUUCUUUAGCACCACCAUCACACCAAAUGUCCACUUGUACAAAAGAAAUAUUAAAAUCAAUAUCAAAAUAUUAAAAUCCAA